AUGGCCUCAGAGGAGACGUACGAGCUCUGUCUACGGAUAUUAGACAAUGAGGAAGAUGACGAAGAAGAAAAGGUCGAGAAAUUGGAGGCUUUCCUUCGCGAACAGUCGUCCCUGACCGAUACGGCGCUGGAGAACGCGGUUCUCGACAUCCUCUGGCGUCAUCGCAACUCCUCCAUGUCUGACGCCGCACUGCCGCCUGUUCGACACACCGUUAUCCGCCGCUCUUCUCCCGCGCCAUGGCAAAUGGCUCGUUCCUCCACUCCGCUUUCAUCUCCAUCGCAUACCGGGUCGAGCCCCGUGGCCCAGUCUGGCUUCCCGGUGCCUCGCGGGGGCUUUCCUCGCGCGCCUCGAUCCUUGACGGCGUCUCCGUUCACCUCUCCGCGACCAUCACCGCGACUAGGCAAGGUGCUGCCAAUCCCGCAUAGCCCGAAUCUCAAUACAUACUCCUUUUCAGAUCGAGGCCCGGCUCCAGAGAUAUACGGUGAUUUGGGUAGCGAUAACGUUGAUUGGCUGGUCAAUGAGGAUGCGAGGAGCACGGCCUCGUCCACGGGACUGAGUGCUGCUGCUCCAGAAUGGGUUGCGCCUCCGGAUAUGGGGCCAUAUGAUAUUCUGAGGUCGGUCCUGGGUGAGCGCAAGACGAACGAGGAAAUAGAACAAGCACUGGAAACAAACGGAUAUGAUCUAGGUGCAACAAUCGCAUCACUCACCGAGCAGGACCAUCUAGAAACGCCUCUAUCGUCAAGUAACGAAGGCCGCGUGUUAAUCGGGAAGUCUACGGCUAUGGACCCAGCACGACCAAUGACCCCGUCUGGUUCCACGCGCACUCCAGUCGUUUGUAAAUAUUGGCUGUCUACCGGGCAGUGUCUGCGGAUGGACUGUCGGUUCAGUCACGAUUUAACAAGUCAUGUCUGCAAAUACUGGCUUAUGGGGAACUGCCUUGCGGGAGAGUCCUGUCCCUUCUCUCACGAUCCAUCUUCAUUGAUUGGGGGGAUGACAAUCAGCAAUGAUAGUUUAAGCGUUUCCGGAUAUACAGGGAACUCUCAGCAAAAUACAUACCCGCUACAAGACAACUAUGAGGCUUUCCCUCCUCUCCAGCCGCCCUCAACUACAGAUCAAUGGCAGAGUAGCAGUUACCAGAUGCGGAGCCAGAUGCAGUUUAUGGCAGGAAGCCCCCAGAUGCGCCCAGGUUCUUCCUCAAGUAUUAAAAAUAAGAAUGUCUUGAACCAGGCAACGUCACGUUCACACUCCCGACCAACAAGCAAACACCAGAACCGUGAAUCAUCAAACACAUCCGCACCCGCAGUUGACGAUCCAGAAGCAUUCCCAACACUGCAAGCUCUCAACGCCCGACCAGGUAAAAAACAUCAUGGUAAACGAGGUAACCAACAUCGUGAAGUAAAUAAAAGCAAGGAAACUUCCGGAAGCUUGUUAGCAGAUGCUGUUCGCAUGUCUCCAUCAACAAGAAGAAGCGUGCAGAAAGGAACCCGAUCGUCUGCCAGCAGCACUCGCGAGAUUAGUGCAGAAGCCCAAGCCAUCCCGUCACCAAAGCACAUCCCCUGGCUCGAGACGGGUGUUCAGUGGACUCAGCCAUAUUUGAAAUAUCGCGUUGAUGCUAUAACCCACGGUAACGUUAGGAACAAGUUUCUCCAGAGUGCUGCCCAAGCUUGGAAUCGCAAUGAUGCUCGCGCCGCAAAGGCCCUUUCGCUACGAGGACAGGCGGAGAAUGACGCGAUGCGACGAUGCCACCGAGAAGCAGCACGGCUGCUCUACGAAGAAGGCCGGAAGCACAUCGAUGAAAAUGACGACGAGUUCUACAUCGACUUACACGGUCUCGUCCCUACCGAGGCAAUCGCUUAUCUAGACAACAUCCUGAAGGAGAGCGCACAGCUUCGCGAUCAUUACCUCUACGUUAUCACCGGAAGUGGCCACCAUAGCAAAAACGGCAAAGACAAGGUCGGCAAGGCUGUCAAGGGCUGGUUAACUGAACACCACUACGUGUUUCGCGAUUUCAGCGUGCCUGGUGAACGUGGUGGAUUCGUCGCCUUUGUAAUCGGCAUUAACCCAGCAGCAACCACGGCCAGCGGUCGAAACUCACCAUCGCCAGCCACUACUUCAAAGGCACUAAACACUGAACAUCACGUUGGAGAGAUUAACAACGCCGCCGUCACAGCCCCUACUGCCGUUCACGAUGAAGAUGACGAAGAUGGCAGUGUGGCUGCAGCCGAAGCAUCAUCGUCAUCUCCCGAACCUGCUCCACUUCUUAAGAUGGGGAAGAUUCGGCUAUUAAAGCGAGAUGGUCCAGCCACCAAGGUCUAG